AUAAUUCUUUAACACGAAAAUGAUGUAAAGUUGGUACGAAUAUAGUGCUAACGAACUAGUGACCUAGAUUUUAACAGUUUCAAAUGCAAAUCUAAAUAUUGAUUUUUCAUAAAGUGCAUCAAUUUCAUUUUCAGUUGUGCGAAAUUAAGAAUGUUGAAGCGUUCGUUAAAUAUUUUUAAAAACUGUUUUGUAUUAUAUUAAUAAAACGAUUUUAAAUUUUAAAUAAAAUGGUGUGUCGAAAAAUGACCCAUAGUUCGUGUAUUGAGUUAAAUGAAAUUCGCAAGUUAGAUAGCAUUCUGAGUCAGUGUGAAUUGUUUAUUAAUAGGAAUAAAACUGUUAAAAAUAAGAGUAUUUCCGAGUUUAACCAACAUCAAAAUCUACACAAGGAAGGAUGUAAAAUUAGUUCUACGCUGAGUUUGACAAAAAUUAUAGAAAAGGAACUAUUUUCUAUUAUGUGUGAAAUGAAAAACUCAGAAAAAAAAUAUAUUUUCGUAUCUGAUGUACUUUGCAAUUGGAAAAUGUUUAAAGAAUUUGUUUCGCAAGGAGAAAACGAACUUAAUCCACAGGUGAAUGUGCACAAGAGUUCGUAUAUGUAUCAUAAAAUACCAAGAAAGUCUACAGAGGAAAACGAUUUUAUUUUCUCCAGGAAAACUAAGAAAAGACUGCCAAAAGAAGACUCCAGUGUUAACCGAAGUAACGACACAAAACUUGUUUGUUUAUAUCAAGGUUCUAACAUUGGUAAAAAAUGCUUUGAAGCUAAUUUUCAAUCUUUUGAGAAUGGAUACACCAAAGAUAUUGGUUCUUCGUAUUGUAGUUUGGGUUCUUACAAAAGGAAAAACUGUUGCCAGAAAUGUAAUAAAAAAAUAUCAAGUGCGAAAGUUCAAUGUACACCUAUUUUUAAUGCAGAAAAUGAAAAGAAUAUUAAAAAAUUACAAAUAAACAAUUUAAAUGAAACAAUAAAAAAGAAAAUGAAUGGAAAGAAGAAACCACAAAAAAAUUCGAUAGAUAGCACGCUUAUGAACGAUUUUUCAUACGCUAAUGUCAAUUCGAACUAUCGUGAUAGGAAAUACUCUUUUAAGCACCUACUGAAUGAGCAGUACGAUGAUAUGUUGGAUAAAGAGAACCUGCUCGGUACCAAACUGGAGUUAAAAUUGCCCGAUUCUGUGGAAACUGUUCUUUCUCUGGGUGCUAAUACAUACCCUGAACAGAAGGAUCACCUGCGUACUGAUUAUCAUUGCACUAUAUUACAUUAUUCGCCUUUUAAAGCAGUUUGGGAUUGGAUUAUUUUAAUACUUGUUAUGUAUACUGCCAUAUUUACUCCAUAUGUGGCGGCAUUUUUACUUGGAGAAACAGACUAUCAAAGUCGAACUAAUAAAUUUAUCAAUAGUGAUCCAAUUGUGAUAAUUGAUUUAAUCGUGGAUGUAACAUUUGUCGUAGAUAUUUUAAUAAAUUUUCGCACAACUUUCAUCAAUGGACAAGAUGAGGUAGUUUCUCAUCCAGGACGAAUAGCAAUUCAUUAUUUAAGUGGUUGGUUUCUCAUUGACUUAGUAGCUGCUAUACCAUUCGAUUUGUUGUUAGUAGGAAGCGAUACUGAUGAGACUACAACUCUAAUUGGCCUACUAAAAACAGCGCGCUUACUACGUCUUGUGAGAGUCGCAAGAAAAAUAGAUCGUUACUCAGAAUAUGGUGCAGCGGUUUUAGUGCUGUUAAUGGCUACUUUUGUAUUAAUUGCUCAUUGGUUGGCUUGUAUCUGGUAUGCAAUUGGAAAUGCCGAAAGGUCUAUGCUACCAAAGAAAAUUGGUUGGUUACAUUCAUUAGGAAACGAUAUUGACGAACCAUACUUACCAAAUGGCACUGCAGGUCCAACACUUAAGUCCAGAUAUAUAACAGCACUAUAUUUUACUUUCACAUCAUUAACAUCAGUUGGAUUUGGUAAUGUAGCCCCAAAUACAGAUGCCGAAAAAAUAUUUACUAUAUGUGUCAUGUUGGUUGGAUCGCUUAUGUAUGCCAGUAUCUUUGGAAACGUGUCAGCAAUAAUACAGAGACUUUAUUCAGGUACAGCCAGAUACCAUACACAAAUGCUUCGUGUGAGAGAAUUUAUAAGAUUUCAUCAGAUACCCAAUCCACUUAAACAAAGACUAGAAGAAUAUUUUCAACAUGCAUGGACUUAUACAAAUGGAAUUGAUAUGAAUUCGGUUUUGAAAGGUUUUCCAGAAUGCAUUCAAGCAGAUAUAAGCUUGCAUUUGAAUAGGAAAUUAUUAACUUCGUGUAGUGCAUUUUCAGGAGCAAGUCCAGGUUGUUUAAGGGCUUUAUCACUUAAAUUUAAAACUACACAUGCCCCACCCGGUGAUGUCUUAGUCCACAAAGGCGAUGUCUUAACAUCUUUAUUUUUUAUAGCUAGAGGUUCAAUUGAAAUUCAAAGAGAUAAUACAGUGGUAACAAUAUUGGGGAAGGAGGAUAUUUUUGGAGAAAAUCCUUGCAUGUAUCCGAAUAUUGGAAAAUCGAAUAGCAAUGUACGUGCGCUUACUUAUUGUGAUUUACAUAAAAUACAUCGAGAUGACUUAUUAGAUGUAUUGGAAUUGUAUCCAGAAUUUUUUAAUGCUUUUGUAGCGAACUUAGAUAUAACAUAUAAUAUGAGAGAUGAACAACAAAUUGCCGUUGAUGUCAAACAUAGAUAUAUACGAGCAAGAUGCGGAGAUUCUGAUAGAAGCACCAGUGAUAUUAAUUCCGUGAGAAUUUAUGGUCCGCGAAAUAAAAUGCAAAAAAAUGGUAAUAUUCGUAAAAAAAUUAUGCACGAACCAUCUUUAGCUGGUAAUAAUCAACUAGGCAAUAUCGAGAAAUGCUGUGGAUGCAAAAACAAAACUGCCUUUCGAUCACCUUCUAUUAAAAUUACAUGUUAACACGAACGAAUUUUUUGUAUUGGAAUUUGUAAAUUAAAAAUAAAAAAUAUUUAUAUAAAAAUGUAUAAAUAUAUAAUUGUUUUUUAUUUAAAUUGUUAAUCGUUUCAGCAAGAAACGCAGUUGUAUAAAGUAAUGGAAGGAUCACUCCAUCGAUCACUUAUAUCGAAAAAAUUAACGAAUUAAUCAGUUGAAAUUAAUUCAAAUGAUAUUAAUAAAUAAUUUAUUGUGUCUUUAAUAAUUUAUUAAAUAA